CAUAAUAAAGCUCGCCUCUCCCUACUCAAGUCAAUCGCAGGCUCUGAAUACAGCGGAAUCAACUUUUCUGCGGUCUGGCCACUCAGUCUUCCCCAGGCAGGCGGUGCGGAUCACACGGUGGAGCCGCGGGGCUGCAGGCGAGCUCAGCCCGCCGGAGUUCUGGGGUCCAGCUGCGGGGGUCGACGACUGCUUCACAGCGCCCCUUCCUCCGGUUCCCGACUUCGGGGAGCUGCCUGUGAGUCACCCCGAAGCCGGGAGCCGAAGGAGAGGGGAGGGGCGGGCGCCCGGGGGUGGAGGAGAGCAGAGGGACGCAGUUCUACAGCGCGGAGGCCUCGGAAGGAAGAGGAGGGGCGACUGCGCGUGGGGAAGAGAAGAAAGAGGCGUCCGGGGAAGGGAAGGGUAGCGAAGCCGGGCGGAGGGGAGGAGAGGAGAGGAGGAGCGCGGGCCCGGUGGAAGGCGCCUGGGGCUGGCGGCGAUCGGGGCGCCGCGGGGCGGUGGGGAUCCCUUCGCCGGCGGAGAUGUGCGCGCCCUGCGCUUCGCACUGCUAGCGCCUCCCGGGCCUCCUGCCCGCGCCGCCCCGCACCUGGCCGCGCCUCUGAGCCCGCUUCGGGGCCGCUCGCGCCGCUCGCCCGCAGUCAUGGGGCUGCAGCCCCUGGAGUUCAGCGACUGCUACCUGGACAGCCCGUGGUUCCGGGAGAGGAUCCGUGCGCACGAAGCGGAGCUCGAGAGGACUAACAAGUUCAUCAAAGAGCUCAUUAAGGACGGGAAGAACCUCAUCGCUGCUACCAAAAGUAAGUGAGGAUGCGGG